UCAAAGCCUAUCUUCCUGUACACUAGUUUGACUAAGAAAACCAGCAAUCAGGUGGCACACCAGGCUUGACUAUUCUUCCUCUUGUGUCUCCAUCAAUCCAUAUGCACCAGAAAAUUCGUAUAUUAAUCUGAGACCAUAUUAGCCUUCUUCUUAACUCUAGUACCAGCUUCUAUGCCUGAUCCUGCAUCUGUAAAGCUCUCAUGACAUACUCCGUUGCAUUUCCACGUUCUGUUAUACUCCAAGCAUUAGCAAUCUCCUCCACAGUUUCAGUUUUUCUAACAAAGACUGGAGCGGAAGAUACUCCGGGGCAAGCAGUUUGCCCCUCUUUCUCCUGUGGGCAUCUCCAAGACAUCCACCAUCCUUUUCGAUUGCGAGGGGAUCCACCUGGUUGUGGUGUUCAAGAAUACGAGCUUGUUUGUAGCGAUGACCAGGCUAUAAUUCAAGUCAAUACGGGAAGGUACUUCGUCACCAACAUCUCCUACCCCGACUCUGUUUUCUGGGUUGUUGAUGCCAGUUUGGAUAAUAGCAGCUGCCCUAUUCCUGAGAGGAAUCAACAUCCUUAUAUCUAUGGAUUGAGAUCAGAUUACAUGUUCUUGUUACAUAUGCGUACGGUUAAAUGGGCUGCCUUUGUCAGUUGUUCAAGGAUGAUGAAAGAUAAUCUUAUUUAUAAGCCUGUCGCUUGCCGGAGUACGAACACUUCUUUUGUUUAUGUGUUGAGUACCACGCAAUCUUAUCUGGUUCAGAAUGUUGAGCCUUCAUGUGGAUACUUGGCCAUGACUCCUUUGGGAAGCUGGGGUCUGGGGCCAAAUGAUUAUUCAACUUAUGAUUAUGAAGAUAUUGUAAAAUUUAUGAGGGAUGGGUUUGCUUUUAGAUUUCCUUUCCCAGCUCCAGAAUGGACAUAUCCUUGGAUCCUCAAGACAUGCCUGAAAAAUUCAAGGAGCGACUUCCAUGAACAGAUGUCUAGUUCAAGCAUCCAAAAUAAGAUUUCUGUGAUUUUUGCCAUCGACGUGCGUUUCUUGGGAUGUGUAAAAAACAACUCCUUGUCUGACUACACUAAAUUAUAUUGGGCUGUGUUGGUCAUAGUAUCUGCGAUAAGUAUCAUGAAGCUCAUUAUCGUGUUGACAGUACUAUCCAGGUUAGUCUUUGCACCGUUGUCCGUAUUGAUCUUCCUUGCCUACAAGUACUGGAAAACAAAGGUAGUAAUUGACGCAGUUGAGAAGUUCCUCCAGAUGCAACUAGCCCUUGGCCCAACAAGGUUCGCUUACACAGACAUCACUGCGAUCACUAGCCACUUCAGAGACAAGCUGGGCCAAGGAGGCUAUGGGUCCGUGUACAAAGGUGUGCUUCCCGGUGACGUCCAUGUUGCCAUCAAAAUGUUGGUCAGUUCCAUGUCCAAUGGAGAAGAAUUCAUCAGUGAGGUGUCCAGCAUCGGAAGCAUUCACCAUGUCAACGUAGUGCGUCUGGUGGGUUUCUGCUCGGAGGAAAUGAGGAGGGCUCUUGUCUAUGAGUACAUGCCUCAUGGAUCUCUUGAGAAGUACAUCUUCUCGCCCGAGAAGAGUUUCUCCUGGGACAAGCUCAAUCAGAUUGCUCUGGGCAUUGCCAGAGGGAUCGACUACCUGCACCGAGGGUGCGAUAUGCAGAUAUUACACUUCGACAUCAAGCCGCACAACAUCCUGUUGGACAGUGACUUCACCCCAAAAAUCGCUGACUUUGGGCUGGCAAAACUGUACCCCAGGGACAACAGCUUUUUGCCGGUGAGCGCUGCGCGGGGAACAGUCGGCUACAUAGCUCCUGAGAUGGUGUCCCGUAGCUUUGGCGCCAUAUCCUCCAAGUCUGAUGUCUAUAGCUUCGGGAUGUUGCUGCUGGAGAUGGCUGGAGGGCGGAGGAACGUGGACCCACAAGCGUCAAGAAGCCAGACAUACUACCCGUCAUGGGUGUACAAUCAGCUGUCUCGGCAAGAGGCUGUUGGUAUCCAUCAGGUGGAGAGGAAGCUGUGCGUCGUUGCGCUUUGGUGCAUCCAGAUGAAGCCAGGCGAUCGACCGGCGAUGAGCGAGGUGAUAGACAUGCUCGAAGCUGGCAUCGAUGGCCUGGAGAUGCCUCCUGAGCCCUUCUUCUGCGGGGACGAGUACGCUCCUGCUGCAGAUUCUUCAGUAUUAUCAGAGAUAAGUACAUUCUCAGAGUGAAAUACCUAUAAAUCGUAGUUUUGGACCAAAUUUUAUCCUCUACCCACCUCAGGUGCGCUCAGCAAGUCAAUAUUUGUUUUGGAAGGUUUGAGAGUGUAAGAUUAUCCUUGGUUAGAUUUGGACCUACCUACCACAGAAGGUUCUGUUGUGUGCAAUGUGAAGAAGAUACUCUUUUUUCUUAAUACGAAGAGAAGACGUUGAAAAUGAUGAUGCAAAUUGUAAAUGUGAACCUGGAGAGAACCGCUUUCUGUAAAAUAAUGAUAAUCCCGUUGGCGCUGUUGUUACUGUUUCUGUACAACAUCGAUCACAUUCAGUUGAAUAUUUGAAUGGCAGCGCAUUGUGGGAUGCUGUAGUAUUUGUUUACUAAAGUGUAUUCUUUUAUGGGUGUAAUUGCACAAAAUUUGCAUGGAUUUGUGGUGUUCUUGGCAGGAAGAGAUGGCGUGAUGAUCAUGCCGGGGUUUCAUAUCCUGCGAACGGAUAUGAAAUGUUCUGCCGGGGUUUCAUACCUUCAUCAUUUGCACUUACCUUAACUGAAACUCCAUAGAAGGAGCAUAUCAUCAACAAGAAGAACCAAAGGAGAGGUUACUGAAAGCUUUGCCAUUCUUCUUAUGCCCUGCUUGUUAUUAAGUUACACACUCACACAACCUGUGGCGUCGCCCAUAGGCUUCUCUCUUCCCUCCUGCGACGCAAGGUUGAUUUGCCUCUCAAACAUUCACACAGAAGGAUCGGAGCUACUCCUAGCACAUGUUAAUUAGGAAGUUCAGGAACUCUGUUUCAAACAAAAGUUCAGACAAUGAGGCAGGGAUAUAUAUAGGCAGAGUGCUGUGCUGUGCUGUUUGUUGCUGGUUCAGAAAAGAUCAUAAUCUGCCCUGUUUGUCGUCGUCGGUCGAGGUAGCUCCGGUGAAGGGUCGGGAGCAGCGGGAGCAGGGUAAGAGUGAGGAGGGAGCAGCAAUAUCUUCGCUGCUGCUGCUGUUUCGCUUUCAUCCCUCUCAAGUGUUCUGACAUAAUAGAGUAGCUACAGAACCGGUAGCGUGCAGUACGCCACGGCAGGACACAGUGGUCCGGCGAAGUGGAGGCCUGGUGAGGGUCCCCGGCACGGCAGGGGAACGGAUGCCG